GAUAAAAGCUUAGAUAUUAAGCCCAAUAUAACGUAUAGAAGGCCCAUUAGGUCGAUUUUAAAAACACAAAUCAGUUCUGGUUAGGUAAUAACGAAGAGUGAUAAUAAGAAGUUAAAUAAAAAUGGACCAAUCAAACUGAAUCAUCUGACAGCGCCGGUCGUCUCUUCUUGUCUCCUCUCUUUCUGGCGGCUCGAACGCCAAAGGCAAAGGAGCUUAAUCUCCGUGCGUUACCAUACCUUUACAGAGCCUCUCCUCUCCUCAGUAAUCGGAGAUGGCGGAUAAGCAGGCGCAGGAGCAGGAGCAGAAGCAGAAGCCAGCAAUGGAACCGGCGGUUCUUGACGAUAUCAUCCGCCGUUUGGUUGAGUUUCGGAACACGAGGCCUGGAUCCGGGAAGCAAGUUCACCUCAGCGAAGGUGAAAUCCGUCAGCUCUGUGCUGUCUCCAAAGAAAUCUUUCUUCAACAACCUAAUCUCCUCGAACUCGAAGCUCCCAUCAAGAUCUGCGGUGAUAUUCAUGGGCAGUAUUCAGAUCUAUUGAGGCUAUUUGAGUAUGGAGGCUUCCCUCCAGAAGCCAAUUAUUUGUUCUUAGGUGAUUACGUCGACCGUGGCAAGCAAAGCUUGGAAACAAUAUGCCUUCUCUUAGCUUACAAAAUCAAGUACCCUGAGAACUUCUUCUUGCUUAGAGGGAACCAUGAAUCUGCUUCCAUCAAUCGUAUCUACGGGUUCUAUGACGAGUGCAAACGCAGGUUCAACGUCAGGCUCUGGAAGAUAUUCACCGAUUGCUUUAACUGUCUUCCUGUGGCCGCUUUGAUCGAUGACAGGAUACUAUGUAUGCAUGGUGGGAUCUCCCCAGAGUUGACGAGCUUGGACCAGAUCAGGAACAUUUCACGCCCGAUGGAUAUCCCUGAAUCAGGUUUGGUGUGUGAUUUGCUUUGGUCGGAUCCUAGUGGAGACGUCAAAGGAUGGGGAGUGAAUGAUCGUGGUGUUUCAUACACUUUUGGAGCUGACACUGUUGCAGAGUUCUUGCAAAAAAAUGACAUGGACCUUAUCUGCCGUGCCCACCAGGUUGUUGAAGAUGGGUAUGAGUUCUUUGCAGACAGACAGCUUGUUACUGUGUUUUCAGCUCCCAACUAUUGUGGAGAGUUUGACAAUGCUGGCGCAAUGAUGAGCAUUGAUGAGAGCUUAAUGUGCUCGUUCCAAAUACUUAAGCCGUCGGAUAAGAGAUCAUCACCAUUUCUAUAGCAGCAAUCAUCUAGUCACCUCCAUGCUUCAUAUUAACAAUACUCCAAAAGCUGUGUACACUAGAAAGAGAGGAUCUAGUGGCAGAAACAACUCAACUGUUACCUUGGUGGUUCUCCUGAUGAUAGAACAUUUAAGCAAAAACACAGAGACGGUCUCCAACAGAGUAAAGAACUCAGGUCUCUGCUGUAAUUUUAGCUUCUAUCUCCAUGUUUGUCUAAAACGUGUAUGUUUUGUCUUCUUUCUGAAUAAUCUUAUUAGAUUCUCUCAUUUGUACCCUCUUAUUUAUUUAUGAAGCGCCAAGGCCAAAACUUUUCUAGA